AUGAUGCAAACAAUGACUCGGCAUGGCCCGGACCGAACCGCCGAGAUCAUGUCCCGGUACAGGCCAAUUGCCCCCAGACCCGACACCCUCAAACCUAAUCCCAGCACAGACGGCGGCGGAGCCGCAGCCGCCUCCGACCACAGCGGCGUCCGGAAAUCCCCUUACCUCAGGACCGUCUGGGCCCACCUCCAGGCCCGCCCCACCCGCACCCGCAAGCGCAGCCGCGCCGCCUCCUUCUCCCCGCCCUCCCUCAAGCGAGCUCGCACCUGCCUCCAGGGCCUCAUCCCGCCGCCUCCGGCGUACCACCACCUUCCGAACUCUCCGGCCGGAAACCUCGCUGCGCCGGUCCGGCCGGUGGGGUCGACCGUGGUAGUGGAGGGAAUCUCCGGCGAGAUACGGCGGCUCCCGGCCGCGAUGGGGGCGGCGGAGGUGGAGGAAGUGGUGGAGGCGGAGGUUUUGCCGGCAAUUGUGUCGGACUCGAGCAACAAGGUGAGGAUUUGCAACGCGGCGUACAAGGAGCUGGUGGGGCAGCCGGAGUGUGGGUGGCUGGAGAGGGCCGGCGGCGGCGCGUGCAGGAGGAUCGGCGGAGGGAUCUGGCUGCGGUGUAAUGUGGAGAGGUGGUUGCAUGGGUUCAGUGGGUGGGUGAGGAUUGAGUGGGAGAGGGAUGGGUUGAAGAGGUGCGUUAGGGCUUCGUGCGAGGCUCUCAAAUUGGAGUGUGUGGCUAAGGACUAUCAGUUUCUGUGGAGAUUUUAUGGGCUCAAAUCCGGUACGGAGGAGGAUGGGCCGUCUGCCGACCAAUUAGCAAUUUAG